AUGGCUUCGCAUUUUUGUUUUCUUCAGAUCCCCCAUUUCGCUUAACACAUUAGCCUCUGCGGGUUGUUUAAGAGCCGAAUUGACAUCAAUAGGCGAUUAUAUAUGACUCUUGUCCAUCGACCGAUGUUAUCUAUGCCCUGACCAUUGACAUCACGGUCAAUGUAGACAUGACCAACAACAUGGAAUCAACCUCGCAGAAUACUGUCCCGCCAGUCCCAGCCGUGGCAGAAAAGGACAAACACUCGGGCUCGCAUCAGCCCCUCAACAAUGAUCUGGAUUGGGAUGGUCCAGAUGACCCAGAUAUGCCGUUGAAUUGGCCAAAGUCGAAAAGAUGGAUUAACAUCAUGAUAGUAUCUAUUCUGACACUAUUGACCCCCUUUGCAUCGUCCAUGAUUGCACCAGCAAUUCAGCCCAUCAUGGACGACAUGAAUGAAACGAAUCCCAACAUAGGUUCAUUCAUGGUAUCAAUCUAUCUUCUCGGCUAUGCCUUCGGUCCUCUCUUCCUCGCCCCGCUCAGCGAGAUCUACGGCCGGCUCCCGAUAUACCGCAUCUGCAUGUUCAUUUUCCUCCUUACAAACGUCGCAUGCGCUUUAUCCGUCAACAUGCCUAUGCUUAUAAUCUUCCGUCUUCUGACAGGAUUGGCGGGCGCAUGUCCAUUGACUAUUGGACCCGCUAGCGUCGCCGAUUGUUUCGCUCAGGAGGAGCGAGGUCGGGCCAUGGCCAUCUGGAAUAUGCCUGUCUUGCUGGGUCCAAGUCUUGGGCCUGCUACCGGAGCUGUGCUUGUUGUCUGUGCCUUCGUCCAAAAGGAGACUCAUCCUCCAACCCUUCAGAGAAAGAAACUCAAGAAAUUGCAAAAGGAGCGCGACACAGGAGACUUAUCACCCGCCACGCCGCACAGUCAGCUCAUCAAGAGAAGCCUGGCCCGCCCACUGAAGAUGCUUUUCUUCUCACCGAUUGUCUUCGGUCUCUCAUUCCUGACCGCGAUCGCGUACGGAACUUUGUACCUUCUAUUCACGACGGUCUCAGAAACCUUUCAAACAAAAUAUGGCAUAGUCACCAACGUCGGCCUUAUCUAUCUCGGCUUCGGAUGCGGUCAAAUCGUCGGACUUGUUCUCUUUGGCAUGGUGUCAGAUCCAAUCCUGAGAAGAAUGGCCAGAGGGGGCGAGCUCAAACCCGAGUAUCGUCUACCCCUCAUGAUCCCGUGCAGUGCGAUAAUUCCAAUCGGACUAUUGGUAUAUGGAUGGACAUCAGAGUAUCGAGUCUUCUGGUUUGUGCCUGUCAUUGGCACAUUCAUGAUUGGCUUUGGAAUGAUCACUGUGUUUACUUCUGUGAGCACUUAUUUGGUAGACGCUUUCCCUACUUAUGCUGCUAGUGCUACUGCGGCAAAUACUGUGCUUAGAAGUAUUGGAGGUGCGCUUUUACCUCUUGCUGGUCCAAAGAUGUUUGAUGCAAUCGGCCAGGGAUGGGGCAAUACAUUGCUUGCAGGUGUAUCGUUGGCUAUGAUCAGCAUGAUCAUUGUAUCUUACAAAUAUGGGGAACGCCUAAGAACAAGCGCAAAGUAUCAGCUAGAUUAG